AUGUCGUUAUUCGGUGGAGCUGCAUCGCAAGCUCGUAGUCGAAAUUUAGUCGAAUUUAAAGCAGGAAAAAUGAAUCUACGUGGUACAAUGGUCCAUCCAGAUAAACGCAAAGGUCUUGUCUAUUUAUAUCAAGGGAAUGAUAUGUUAAUGCAUUUCUGUUGGAAAGAACGAUCCAAUAAUACACCAGAAGACGAUCUGGUUAUAUUUCCCGAUGAAAUUGAAUUUAAAAAGGUUACACAAAAUACUACAGGUCGUGUUUUUAUACUUAAAUGGAGAAGCAAUGCUCGGAAAUUAUUCUUUUGGAUGCAAGAGUCACAAGACGAUAAAGAUGAAGAAUGGUGUAAAAAAAUCAACGAUCUGCUAAAUCAUCCACCAACACCAGGAUUCGGUGAUGACAGCAGUGGAACUAGUGGAUUAGGCGGUGGUGCUCAUCCAUUACAAUCUCUAAUGGAUCGAAUGACUGGAAGCGGUGGAGCAGGUGGUAUUGAUCCGAAUGAUUUAUCCAAUGUGUUGCGUGGAAUGAAUCCGAGUGACUUAGCAUCAUUGUUAUCUUCUGUUGGAAGCGGUGGUGGUGCUUCUGGCUUAAUGCAAGGUAGUCAUCGUGGUAGAGUAUUGCCUGGUUCAUCAAAUCAACACGCAACAUCUGUUCUAGAUGCAUUUUCACAACAAACACCGGAUUCACGUCCAAAUACAGCACCUGCUGGAACUCGUACUUCUGCAGCAGCAGCAGCAGCUGCAACAGCUACCGGUGGAACGACAUCGACUUCAAGCAAUCGUCCGAGUGGUUCAUCAUCGAAACCUCGUAAUGCUGGAACAAGUUCAUCGCCAUCAACUGCUCCUACUGCUGCUCCUGCUGCUCCAAAAAUUGCAGCAACUACAGGUUCGGCUGGUGCAUCGAAAAGUGGUGCUAUUCAAUUGAGUGCACUCUCAAAUAUUUUGGCUAAUUUAAGCGAUAGAAGUACAACACAAGAAGCUACUGGUGCAGCACCCGCUAAUAAACCAGCUAUUGAUCUUUAUGAUAUAAUGACUACUGAGAAUUUAAUUCCAAUAUUAAGCAAUAAAGAUGUUCAAGAAAGUUUACGAGCUCAUUUGCCUGAAGGUAGUACAAUAACAGGUUCAGAAAAAGAAUUGAGAGAUUCAAUUCAAUCGCCACAGUUUCGACAAGCUGUUGGUACAUUCAGUGUAGCUUUACAAACAGGACAAUUAGGACCAGUUUUGGCUCAAUUUGGUUUACCAGACGAAGCAAUAACCGCUGCAAAUGAAGGUGACAUACAGGCCUUUGCUCAAGCAAUGGAAAAACAUUUUAAAAAAUCGAACGAAGGAACUGAAGAAAAAAAGCCCACUGACAACACGAUGGAUACAAGUUGA